ACAACCUAAAAUGACCUCCAGUGGACUCUCUUCUGGACCGAAGUAAAGGGGUGUGGAGUCUGAAGGGCAGUUUAAAACACAAUCUUCAAUUUCCAAGAAUGACUGAGUAAUGCAAAUUAAGUGUGUAUGUUAAUGUUCAUGUCAAAACAAUUUCAAUCAUAUACAUGUAUACCUUAUAAAAUCACACGGGUCAGGUAUAAUGGACAGAUAAAAUGUCACAUCGUACCCUAAAGUUAUAGAAAGGCCCCCUUACAUUGUGGGAUUAACAUAGCGGCUAUCUUUGUGUAUUCGCAGGAUCCCACGGUUAUGGAAAUUCCUGGUAUAAGUCGUGGGAAAUUGGAAAAAAAAUAAGCGUCUUGGAAUCUUAUUGUGAGAGGAAAUAAGUCACGGAAAGGUCAUGGAAAGCAAGAUAAUGCACGAGUUAUUUUUUGAUAGGCCGCUUCUGAUGGAAUGAAGAUCAAUUUACUGGCUAUCAUUUUGUCGGUAGUUGGAAAGGGAGGUCACGUUUAACGACUUGCGUCAUACAUGUAUGCAUAUCACAAAUGCUUACACUUUUUAGCGCAAAUUAAUUUUGCAGGUUGUACAUGUAAUGUCAUGGAAGUGUACAAGACGUAUUUUAUGCGUCCUGGCAUAAUAUGCAUAUGGUACAAGUCGUUCUACUUGACGUCCUUUUCCAACUACCAUCCUUGUCGUGGUAGUGGCUGUGGCAGUCUUCAACUUCGUAAUAUUUUCUCAAUGAAUGUCAUUAAAUGUCGUGGAAAUUGUCACCUUUUGUCACGAUCCUGGAAAGUACAGGGAAAUUCAUGGAAUUUGGUUUUCAGAUUUCUGUGGUAACGCUGAUUUGGUGUACAAGCAUUAAGGUGAAGAUGGGGCGCAGGAUGCCAUAGGCUGGCUCGUCAGUUAAUCGCACACUGCUUGAAACAUCAAUGUACAUGCAGUAGGCGAUAGCGGAUUAUCCUGAAAGAUUAGAAUUUGAGGCACAAGCUUUCGUAGCUGCAGCUACCUUUUCAUAAGCAUUGAAGUGGAUAAACCACUACGAGUUAACAAUGUAUGCCUGUGGAGAGUCUGAACAAAAGGCACGUUGGUGAUGAAUAGCAAGAGUCCUUGUUGACAGGGUGGCUACAUAAAUGUCCUGGUUGUCGAUGACGGACUGAAACUACAGAUUUUUGGGCACUGUGUCACAAAGAGGCUACCAAUCAUCGAAUGUCAUCACAAAACCUACCGCUGAAUGAGAUGGGGAACAAUUCGGCAGAUGAAGGCUCAUCGGCCAGGCUGAACACAGUGAGGGAUGACGAGGAGUUGAGCUGCGCUACUUAUGUGCUGAUAGUGCUGUCGUACAUCAUCUUCGUAUUCACGCUUCCAUUUUCACUGUGUUACUGCUUCAAGACGGUUGCCGAGUACGAGCGAGCCAUCAUCUUCCGUGCCGGUCGCCUUCUACCGGGUGGUCCCAAGGGGCCUGGCUUGUUCUUCAUCCUGCCUUGCAUCGAUGAGUUCAGAGUCGUUGACCUCCGGACUCUCUCCUUUGAUGUGCCGCCACAAGAGAUCCUGUCUAAAGACAGCGUGACCGUGACUGUGGAUGCCGUGGUCUACUUCCGCGUGUCUGAUCCGACCAUGGCCGUGUUGAACGUGGAGAACUACAAGCGGUCCACCGAGCUGCUUGCCGCCACCACCCUGCGUAACAUCCUAGGCACCAAGACCCUGGCUGAGGUGCUGAGCCAUCGCGAGGAGAUCAGCACCGGACUGCAGUCUCAACUGGACGAAGCCACCGAUCCGUGGGGCAUCAAGGUGGAACGCGUGGAGAUUAAGGACGUUCGCCUGCCAAUCCAGAUGCAGCGUGCCAUGGCUGCCGAGGCUGAAGCCUCCAGGGAGGCUCGCGCCAAGGUGAUCGCUGCCGAGGGUGAGCAGAACGCAUCCCGCGCCCUGAAGGAGGCGGCAGACAUCAUUGCCGAGUCGCCCAACGCCCUCCAGCUCCGCUACCUCCAGACCCUCAACUCCAUCUCGGCUGAAAAGAACUCCACCAUCAUCUUCCCGCUGCCUAUUGACAUCCUGUCUGGGAUCUUGAAAAAAUAA